CAUAAAGCCUUGCGAGGUCUUCAUAACUCAAAACGCUCGCAAGAAGGUCGAACGCAGCUUCCUCUCUUCUUCUAGUUGAUUUUAGAGUCAGCAAGGAGUCGGAACCGUUGCGACUAGUGACAACGCCAACGGACACUGCGCACCUAAAGACCUUUGGGGCAUUUCAGCAUCUUCCUCCUUCACAAUGGCCAGCGAGGUGAUGCAGCGAACGUCGUACAGAACCAGCGACAGUGUGGCGAGGAGCUCCGAUAUCCACAAGCACGUGGGCAAACGACAGGAACUGUGGACAGGUCUGCAACAGCGGCUCGGCGCCACGCCUCUUUUCGGCGGUAUAUUGGGCAAUCAGAAGGGCGAGCGCGUGCUCGAAGACAGCGACGACGACGAGGACGGAGACGUCGUGGAGGACAGCUACUUGUCCAAUGGACCUCGCUCCACAGAGAGAGUACGAUGCAGGUCUGCCGUGUCGUAUGAGGGCAAUCGACAGGUUUCGGAGGACACGACACUGCUCAGCGCCGCACAGAAGGCUGGAUGCUUCAGCUACAUCAAGCGGAGGCACAGCAUCGCACUGGCCUUUGCAUCCGACGACCCGACGGACGACAUUAGAGAACCGAGCAACAUUUCACCCGCGGAAGAGAGCGAAACUGUAGGGUCCAAUUGGGAAGCGGCGAAGGUGAAGAACGGCGUGCAGUUGUAUAAGUCCAAGCGAUCUCGUUGCGAAGUGCGCGGCGUGACGCACGUGAACGCGUCGGUGAAGAACGUCAUGUCCAUUUUGGCCGCAGGAGAGAGCACAGAAGCAUUCGCCGAUGCACAGAAGACUAUUUUGGGCGCAGAUCAGGUCAUUGAGGCGAAAGUAUUGGCACUGUGCGCACAGCCCACGAACUCGCGCUAUUUCCACUGCGGACUCAAGUAUCAGGCCAUAAAGAACCCAUUUGGGACGACUCCGUUGGAUCUCGUCUAUUUGGACUACACAGAUGUGGGGACCACGAACGAGGGGAAACUUAUUGGGUACAGAAUCAUCGAAUCCAUUCGGGUACCGGAGCUGCGGCCAUCGCCCAAGUACGUACGUGCUUCUAUCCGCUGUGAAGUGUACACGGUGGUGGAGACAGAUACCUCUGGCGUCGUGGAAGUGACGUUCGCGUCGCAUCUCGAUCCCAAGAGCAAAUGUUCCUCCAGUAAGAGAUCCCACUGGUUAGAGCAGGCAGGAGUGCGUCUUGCCAACCUGCGUGCUCACGCUGAAAAGACCAGCAUUGGGAACCAUCUCCUACCGGAAAAUAACCGGGAGAUGAACCGCAAGCAUCGCUCUUUCACGAGUGGAGAUAAGGACAAGCAGCAACGGAACUGCAACGUGUGUCAACACGCCUUCUCCUUCCUUCGCAAGCGUCACAGUUGCCGUCUCUGCGGCGAAUCGAGUUGCGGCCGCUGUUGUCGCAAGAUGCCGGUGCUUGUGGAGUCCGAGUCCACACGCGUUAAGGUCUGUUUGAGUUGCAUUCUGCACUCCAGGAACAACCCGGACGAGAUCCGACGCGGCGAACUCGGCCAGCCGUCGCGUCGUCGAGAUAUCGGCAACUCCACGUUCAUCAUUUACGACGAAUAAAACGCACUAAGAACUUGACAAAAAGUAGGUAGGAAGGAAUAUUAUCUAGCUGUGUCGAGAGAGACGUUAGAUCAGCUAGUUAAGUAGUUAAUCGAGCUGUUUUUCAUCGGGUUCUCGAAGGUAGAGAGACCCAUGUAGUUCUUGUGCUCGACUGCAAGAUCGU